GAUAGAGGAGGAAAGGAAGGAAGAGAUGAAAUCGGAGUGUAAUAUUGGUGCCGAAGCAAGCCCGAAUGUGAAACCGAUGAACCAACCACGCCCUUUCCUUUGCGUCCCCACCUCUCUGUGUCGCUCUCUGGUUCUCGCAGCGUCACUUCGCCUAGUUUCUUCUACGCCUUCACGCCCUCUUCCACGCCUGCUCCGUCGCUUCCGGUACCAGCUGCGGCAACAGUAACCGACGGUCUCAGGAUCGCUGGGGGAGGGGGUGACCGGAACCCAGGGUUUCCGGUUCAUGCGCAGGAGUCGGUGCCGGGUGUUCGAUCAAAGGAAAAGGAUGAACUUGUGGGCCGACGACAACGCCUCCAUGAUGGAGGCCUUCAUGGCCUCCGUCGACCUCCCGGGCUUUUCCUGGGCGGCUGUUCCUCCUACUCCCACCCCGCCUUGUGCAGCAGCCUCCUCCUCCUUGGAUCACCCGGCCGCUGCGGCGACUCCUGCUCCCGCGUACUUCAGCCAGGAGACGCUCCAGCAGCGGCUGCAGGCGCUGAUCGAGGGGGCGCGGGAGAGCUGGACGUACGGCAUCUUUUGGCAGUCGUCGGUGGACGCCGCAACCGGGGCGUCGUUCCUGGGAUGGGGCGACGGUUACUACAAGGGCUACGAGGAGGAUAAGCGGAAGCAGAAGGUCGCCGGCGCUGCCUCUGCUGCCGAACAGGAGCAUCGGAAGUGCGUGCUUCGGGAGCUCCACUCGCUAAUCUCCGGAGGCGGUUCAUCGGCGCCGGACGAGGCCGUCGACGAGGAGGUUACCGACACCGAGUGGUUCUUCCUCGUCUCCAUGACCCAAUCCUUCGUCAACGGGGGAGGACUCCCGGGCCAGGCCUUCUACACCGGAGCCCCCGCCUGGGUCACCGGCGCCGACCGACUCGCCGCUGCGCCAUGCGACCGGGCGCGCCAGGCUCAACUGUUUGGCCUCCAGACCAUGGUAUGCGUCCCCGUCGGCUCCGGCGUCCUCGAGCUCGGAUCUACCGACGUGGUCUUCCACAGCCCCGAGAUCAUGGGCAAGAUCCGCGUCCUCUUCAACUUUAGCUCUCCGGACGCUCCCUCCGUCGCUUCCUGGCUCACACCGCAAUCUGCGGCGCCCACUCCCGCCACCGACCAGGGCGAGACGGAUCCGUCCGUGCUCUGGCUCACGGAUCCGUCGGCGGUCGACAUCAAGGAUUCUGUUUCACCCGUCUCCGCCACCGCCGACCUCUCCGUCACAAAACCCCCGAUCCAAUUGGAGAACAACCCUAGUUCCAGCAUCCUCACCGAAAGCCCUAGCUCUUCGAUGCAGUUCCAAAGAACUCACAACCAGCCGCAGCAACAGCUGCAUCAGAGCAGCGCCAGUGAUCCGCAUACCCAUCUUUUCGUCUCCAAAAAGUUCAAUCUCUCUGAAUUCGCCUCCAACGGUUCUGUUGUUCCCCGAUCGGCUAAGCCGGAGCCGAGCGAUAUCCUAGAUUUCGCCGGUAGCAAUAGGAAUCCCACUCCGGCCCCUGUCACCGGCAGCCUCUUCUCCCACCACCAAACCAUCACCGCCGCGGCAGACGACAAGAGGAACAAGAGAUCCACGGGGGCAACAUCCAGGGUGAGCAACAGCGAUGAGGGGAUGAUCUCCUUCUCGUCGGCUUCCGCACGACCCCCUUCUGACGUUCUGUUUAAGUCUUCCGGCGGCGGCGGAAUCCUCGAUGGCCCCGAUUCGGAUCAGUCGGACCUCGAGGCCUCGGCGCGGGAGGUGGAGAGCAUCCGGCCGGUGGAGCCAGAGAAGCGACCGAAGAAGCGCGGCCGGAAGCCUGCCAAUGGCCGGGAGGAGCCUCUGAACCAUGUGGAAGCAGAGCGGCAACGCCGCGAGAAGCUCAACCAGAGGUUCUACGCCCUCCGCGCGGUGGUGCCCAACGUGUCCAAGAUGGACAAGGCCUCCCUCCUUGGGGACGCGGUCUCGUACAUCAACGAACUGCGGUCCAAGCUCGAGACGUUGGAAAUCGACAAGGAGGAGUUACGAGCACAGGUGGAAGCCCUGGAGAAGGAGCGUGAAUCCAACCCGACCCGGCCGGUCCAGCCGCCGCCGGACCAUGAUCUUAGGAUGAUGAACGGCAGCGGCGGCGACCGGUGUCACGGGGUGGAGAUGGAAGUGAAGAUACUCGGGUCGGAGGCCAUGAUCCGAUUACAGUGCCUAAAAAGAAAUCACCCGGCCGCGAAGCUGAUGGCUGCGAUACGAGACCUCGAUCUUGACGUGCAUUACGCGAGCGUGUCGGUGGUGGAGGACCUCAUGAUACAGCAGGCGACGGUGAAGAUGUCGCCGAGUCGGACGUACACCCCGGAGCAGCUCCGUGCAGCUCUCUACUCUAAAUUGGCUGCCGAGGCACCAAUUAGCAGGUAGCCUAUGUUUGUCUUGGCCUUUAACGGCGGCGGGAGGAGUUCUUUAGAUUAUGUUGGAUUCUGUAAGAUCUUUGUUCGCGUGGACUAUGAGAUGCAGCCAUAGUAUGUUGUGCUUCAGUGGUUUAGUAUGUACAUAUGCAUUGCAUUUCUAGUGCAAUGAAUGUUGCUUUUCAUCAGAUAAAAGAUGCUUUUGGUAGCUGAAGCUUCUUCUA